UUGAGCUUUUGUGGUUCUUCUUUACCAAAGCAGGCUCCAAUAGAUUUUGAUGACGAAAGUAGCUGGGAGUAUCUAUUCAAGGAUUACUAUAUAGAUCUCAAAUCGAAGCUAUCCCUCUCUUCAGUUGAAGUUGCAGGGGCUAAGCAUCCAUGGAAGGGCAGUAAACAAGAAUCGCCUGAGGAACAGAUUGAUGCUGAUUAUGAUGGACGAUCUGGUUCAGAUAACUCUAUUGAGAGCCAGAAAACCGGUAAAUCUAAGAGAAGAAAACUUAAGAAACGAUCAAAAUCCCUCACCGAAGAAGUGGAAUCCAUUGGUGUAGGUGUGUCAGCUGGCAAUGAGAACAUUUCUUCAUCAGAGGACACUGAAUGGGCUACAAAAGAGCUUCUUGAAUUUGUUUCACAUAUGAGAAAUGGUGAUGUAUCUGUGCUAUCUCAGUUUGAUGUACAAGCUCUUUUGCUUGAAUAUAUCAAAAGACACAAACUUCGUGAUCCUCGCCGGAAAAGUCAAAUUAUCUGUGAUUCAAGGCUUGGAAAUCUAUUUGGAAAACCACGAGUUGGGCAUUUUGAAAUGUUAAAACUUCUUGAAUCUCAUUUUCCUUUGAAAAAGGAUAAGCCAGAUGAAGUUCAAGGGACUGUUGUUGGCACUGAAAGUAACCUGGUGGAGGUCGAUGACAAUGCUGACACCCAAGCUAGGGGGUUCAAAGGUAGGAAAAGCAAAACACCCAAGAAAGGUGACAGAAAGGGACCUCAGUCAAAUCUCGAGGAUUAUGCGGCCAUUGAAACGCACAACAUUAGCUUAAUUUACCUGCGUCGUAAGUUGAUGGAGGACCUACUCGAAGAUGUUGAGAAGUUUCAUGAUAAAGUUGUUGGAGCUUUCGUGAGAAUAAGAAUUUCUGGUAGUAGUCAAAAGCAAGACUUGUACAGACUAGUGCAAAUUGUAGGCACAAGCAAAGCUGUGGAGCCAUAUAAAAUUGGCAAAAAAAAUUGUGAUUCAAUGCUGGAGAUAUUAAAUCUAGACAAGGCGGAGGUCAUU